CUGUGCUACAUUUGAUAUGUACAGCUUUACUGGGACAUCCGCAGUAACUGUUAAAACACAUGCAUCUUUUUUCGUAGGACACUUGAUUACGAUUGAAAAUGGUUAUUAUCUAGUGAUAAUCAUGACUGAUUGACCCGUUAUUGGUGGUAUCGGCGACAAAACUAAAAAUGGCACAUAACCAGCAGAAGCAGCAGGGUAAGGGCGUGGAAGACCCCGAAGACAGUUCUGAAUCACCUCCCCAAGACAUCGAUCGUAAUUCUUUGGCCGAUUUUUUCGAUAAAAAUAAAUUGGUCGAUUUACUACACUAUUUUCCCGUUGAUGUCACCCUUGGCCUAUUCAAAGCUACUACAGAAGACGACCUUUUACACGAGUACGCUGUGGAUAAACCGGAUGACCGUGAACGAUUGAUGAGGGCUGUGACCAUGGCAAGAGAACAGGACGAAGACGAAGACCAUGACGAUGAGAGUGAUUAUGAUGACCACCAGCAACAACAGCAAGCACCACUGUCAGCAAUUAAUCCAAUCAAACCACCUGGCAGCGACUUUGUAUUUUCACUUCCUCGCAAUUUCAAGUUAAAUCGACAACUAUCAGAGGACACCAGAUUGGCAAGACGUGGUAGUCUAGGUGCAGCUUAUUCUGCACAUCAUCUCUCAAAAGAACUAAGUAUAUCACGCCGUGGCAGUUGUAGAGGAAGAAAAGGUGCUUCUCCAACCUUACCAAGAUCACAUUCGCCAAACUCCCACGGAAGUCCAUUAGACAGUCCACGUAAUGCAUCACCAAGUGGAGUCGCUCACUUUGCUUUUUCAUCUGUAAGGAAAGUUGAUGGUCGUAGAUGGUCAUUGGCGUCAUUACCAUCUUCUGGCUAUGGAACCACCACACCCAAUUCUACUGUUUCUUCAUCUUGUUCAAGUCAAGAAAAGCUUCACCAGUUGCCAUACCAACCAACAGAUGAUGAACUCCAAUUGCUGAGUAAACAUUUUAGCAGCAGUGAAAGCAAUCCUGGAAUUGAUGAUGAUGGAAGACGAUCACCGUCACUGCGGCCUAGAUCUAGAGAUUUUAUCAAUGAGCUAAGCGGUGAACAGGAAACCCAUGACAGCAUAUUCUCAUUCUUGGUGCAUCAAGUUGUAGAAUUGGCCAAAGACUGCUUGGACAAGUCACAGGAUGGUCUGGUCACCACCGGUUAUUUCAUUGAACUUUCUGAAAACUGUAACAGACUCGUUUUAGAUGCAUACAACAGAUCAAGUUCAACAGCAGAUGCUAUUAGUGAUAUCACAAAAGAACUUCUUAUAAUAAUAUCACGACCUGCUCGUCUUUUGGAAUGUUUGGAAUUUGACCCAGAGGAGUUUUAUCAUCUUUUGGAAGCUGCGGAAGGUGCUGCUAAAGUCAAUGAGGGACUUAAAGAAGAUAUCCCAAGAUACAUUGUACAGAAACUUGGAUUAACUAGAGACCCAUUAGAAGUCAUGAACCCCACAGAAUUUGCUAAAUCCGAUGAUGAUGAGAUUAAACCACCGCAACCGAGAAGAAGAACUAGUGUAUUGAAAAAAGAACCCACAGAAGAUGACUUUCAUACAAUUAAACUUAUAAGUAAUGGUGCUUAUGGUGCUGUUUUUCUUGUGAAACACAAAGAAACUCACCAAAGAUUUGCUAUGAAGAAGAUAUGUAAACAAAACCUUGUUUUACGUAAUCAGAUUCAACAGGCAUUUAACGAGAGGGACAUUCUGACGUUUGCUGAGAAUCCAUUUGUUGUUGCCAUGUACUGCAGUUUUGAAACAAAGAAACAUUUAUGUAUGGUUAUGGAGUAUGUGGAAGGAGGUGAUUGCGCAACAUUGCUGAAAAAUAUGGGGCCACUACCUCUUGAUAUGGCAAGAAUGUAUUUUGCUGAAGCAGUGUUAGCAGUGGAGUACAUCCAUAGUUAUGGUAGUCACAGAGACUUGAAACCAGACAACUUGCUGAUUACAUCCCUUGGGCAUAUCAAACUAACAGACUUUGGACUUUCAAAGAUUGGACUAAUGAGUUUAACCACAAAUAUGUAUGAACAUGCUAUUGAAAAAGACGCCAAACAAUUCCAGGAUAAACACAUAUGUGGAACACCGGAAUACAUCGCUCCAGAAGUGAUUCUACACCAGGGUUAUGGUAAACCAGUUGAUUGGUGGUCCAUGGGCAUUAUACUCUAUGAAUUUCUAGUUGGAUGUGUGCCAUUUUUUGGCGAUACGCCAGAAGAAUUAUUUUCACAGGCUGUCAAUGAUACACUCGAAUGGCCGGACGGUGAAGAAGCACCCCCUGAAGACUCUCAAGAUUUAAUCAUGAAUUUACUUGUGAGAAAUCCUCUUGAAAGAUUGGGUACUGGUGGAGCUUAUGAAAUAAAACAACAUGAUUUCUUCUCUGAUUUGGACUGGAAUUCUAUGCUUCGGCAAAAAGCAGAGUUUGUUCCCAGCUUGAGUGACGAUGACACAAGUUAUUUUGACAGUCGUACAGACCGUUAUAACCAUGAAAUGGAGACGGAAGAUGACGAUGAUUCUGAUAUUCCUGAAUUUCACAACUUCUCGACGUGUUCACCCAGAUAUAAUAGAUCGUACAGUAGUAUAACAAAAGACAUCGAAGAAGCCGACAGAAAACAAAGACAAGAAAAACUACAGCGAGAUUUAGAUCAAGAAGCUGCCGUACUUGAUAGAAAUAAACAGAGCACACCAAAAGAGGAAUUAUCAAGUUCUCCAGAAAUGUUCAAGUUUUCACCAAGAGAAAUAUCAACACCUGAAUCUUGCCAAACUCACAGUGGUGACCAAUUUACACGUAAACGCAGUUCUAUGGACUAUUCUCCACCAUUGCUACGACAAUCUUUGUUUGCCAAUAGUGACAAUUCACCUCUGUUGAUACACCAUCCUCUUCAAAUAAGCAGCGACGGAUCGCCUCCUUUACGUAAAAGCAGUGAGACAUCACCUUCACUGUUACAUGAGAGUAGCAAACAUACUUCACGUAAACCAAUGAUGAAAGACACAAAACGAGUUCCUAAAUUCUCGGUAUCAUUAGAAGAAGAACACUGCGAGGAGAGCAAUCCUAAAAUUACAACCACAGAUCUUUCACUUACUCACUCAGACUUGGCAGCAAAAAGACUGUCUAAGAAUAUUCCAGUACCCAUAUCAUUGAGUCCAGAUACAAUAUCGAAAAUGAAAUGUCGACCAGUUAUAAAGUCAGCGUCGACUACAGCUUUAUCUUUACUUAUACCUGUAGAUGAUUUUCCUGUUGCUCUUCAUUCUCCUGGUGUGGCAUCUUGCAGUUCUCGAGAUACAUCACCUAGCAGAGAAGGGUCUCCUCAACCAUCUACCCCUCCCAUCCAAAUUAAAAAAGGACCACGAGGAUUUGGUUUCACGCUACGAGCUAUAAGAGUGUACAUGGGGGACAGUGAUUAUUUUACUGUACAUCAUUUAGUCAUGGCUGUGGAUUUGAAUGGUCCGGCUUAUGAUGCUGGUUUACGUCCUGGUUUCCUAGUAACACAUGUGAACAAUGAAUCCAUACAAGGGUUGCUACACAUACAAGUGGUGAAAUUAAUUCUUGGUGGAAAUGCCCACAGUGUCACUCUACAUGCGUUGCCAUUGGAAAAAACAUCAAUCCAAAGUGGUGGCCGGAAACGAUCGCCAGCAUCCAGCAAAAUGGCGAGAAGGAGGAAGAAGGGUAGGAAAAGAGACAGUGAUAAAAGGAGGAAAAGUUCUUUGUUAAGACGUCUAAGCAUUAAACGCACGAGUGUCGACCAUCAUUUGCAGUCAACUUCGUUGAGUCCCAGCAGGAGUAUAGGGUCAAUAAAUAGAGCCACAGCGAAUAACGAGACAUGGAUGCAACCAAAAUCACCAACGAGAAUGAUGUCACCACCGUUAUAUCGAUCACCACCGGAUUCACAGAAUACAUCACCAAUUACAUCGUCACAGAGCAGUUCACCAAGUUCCAGUGUGCCUACUACCCCGGCCAGUAGCUCCUCAGCAACUUCACACUUCUCAUCGAGACCUAGUUCAUUGCAUGGUCUAACACACAAAUUGUCCAGAACAUUCCACCACAGGAGAAAGUCAGUUGGGCAUAUACCUUUAUCUCCACUGGCGCGUACUCCAAGCCCGUCACCAAGUGCAACAUCGCCGACAAGAAGUCCUAGUCCAUUGGCAGUUGCUGUGAACAUGAGUCACUCACCAGGCAGCUCUAACACUACCCAGAUCUAUCCAGUCCAUAUGCUAGCCACCAAUUGAUCUGAAAAGAAAAAACAAUUUGGGAGACCAAGAAGCGCUGAUGCACCGCCCUCUCCGCUCUUGAGAAGAGCUUUGUCACCAGAUAGAUUGCAUCCCGGUUCAGCCGACUCCAGAUCGCCACCGAGGAGACACUCAAUAGAAAAAUCUGAACACCGAAGAUACAGUAUAACAAAAGAUACACACGUAGGAGUAGCAGCAUGAAAUAUAAAAGUAGCGUCACUCAUUGUAGCGGCCAGAUAUACUGCGAGCGGAACGCCAAAAGCGCAGACAAAGAAGAAAAGAACGAGACUAAGAGUAAGAGUAUUACGGAGGGUGCAGCCGAGCGUGUCUGUGAUGAUAAAGCCAGUAAGGAACGCAACGAUGAAGGUGAUCACUAUAAAGGUUCAUGGCAAGCCAGGUGUGAUCUGUUUGAAUCGCUCUAAUAAAUCAGCCACAGUUUUGGAGCAGUAUGCUAUCUGUUCAUACUAGAACUCAGUUUCUAUCACAUCAGACUGAUUCCGUUCAUACAUAGCCCACCUUGAUGCUUCUAAUUCCAAACCUCGUAUCAAUACUAUUGGAUAUUGAAAUAUUCAUGAAAUUGACAAAUCUGUCAGGGUUGUUUGUAAGUCUUGUGAGUAUUGUAUAUAUUUGUACAUAUGUAUAGAGUAGAUAUUAUUCUGAGUUUUCUAUAUUUCUUCACUGGCAGCUUGUCUUAGCACACUUUACAGUGUGUCACGACCUGGGAUCUAUGCACCUCCAAGAGUUCUUUCGGAGUCCGCUACAAAAUAAUACAUGCUGGAUAAUGAGUAGGUUCAUGGUCAGCUAUUGACCAUAGAUUUGAUUGGUUGAUUAGAAAUGUCGUCAACGUAAGCAUCGUCAAGUAUGUGCCACGUUUAAAAUGCUGAAUUUAAACUAUUUUACCAUUCUUGUAAGCUGUCUCAAAGUAUACAUGAUGUUCGUAUACAUUUGCAUGGCUAAGAAGCUGAACUUACCACUGUAACUUAGUUGUCUUUGUUGUGGAGGUCUUGAAAAUGCAUAGAUUCUAGCCCCCCCCCC